GUGUUUUUACGAAGAUUUCGAAAAACAGUAAUGCCAGCAUAAUUCCAGUUUAGUGAUAGCCGAUAUAACUACUGUCUACGAAAAAAGUAAUUUAAGGCACUAGUUUGGUAUUUGACAAGCAAUACAUAUUCAUCCGCUUCUACGUGAGUGUCAAGACCACAGCAGUACCCGGAUGGACUGUCAUGGCCGCCGUCGCUGUGGUUCCACAGAGAGGAGAGAAAGAAGACAAAUGUUUGUGCUAUGUUUUUUUUAAGCUUAACCAUCUUUUAAUAAUGUCGGACGUUGAUGGGACGCUGCCAGAACUUCCAUCGAGUUCAUAGCUUAUUGUUUCCUCUUGUGGCCACUGGGGCAGGGGAAACCCAGCUUCACCAGCAUCAACCAUCAACUACCAGUGGGUGCUUUCUUUCUUCUGGCCCCAGGAGUCAGAAGUGAGUCCAAUACACCUUGGUGCACAAGAAUGACACUGCAUUUGAAAGCAUACUUGGACAAGUGACACAAAGAUAUCUGCAAAUUUAUAACUAUGGAAGAAGACUUCACAAUACCUCAUGAUUCUGACAAAAACAGCAGCAUAUCAGUGAUAGAGGAUGAAAAAGAAAAGGUAAAGGACUUUGCGUAUAAACCUUUCAGAGAAGUGCCAGAUGGGUCACUCUUGCAUAAUGCAGAAGAAUCUUCCAUUAAGGAACAUGGGAGUUCCACCAAGAAAGAUAAACAAUCUCUCAAUAAAUCCCAAUGUAAAAUUCAGCAAGGAGCCGUUUUCUCUGGAAAGAUUCUGAGUUUUGGAUGCUCUGUUUGCAAAGACGAUUCCACAUAUAGCCCCAACGAUCUCCUUAAACAUUUUAAAGCAGCUCAUAAAGGAAUCCUUCCUACAUACCCUUGUGAACUUUGCAGUUUUGUCACAAAUGAGUUCCCUGUCCUUCAGCGCCAUCGGAUUGAGCACAGGAAUACUCUUGUUACAUGUGAACUCUGCAGCGAUGAUGUUCAGUACUCUCUGCUUUUGCUUACCAGACAUUACAUCAUGUGUCACAGUCUAAAUGGACAGUUUAACUGUGACUGGUGUGAGUUCACCACUUUGGAUGCAGGAACAUUUGUCCAGCACAUCCAUCAUCAUAAUGAGAGUCCUUGGAAGUGUUCCAAAUGCAGACAUAUCAGCUUGAAUGAAGAUGAUCACCAGAAGCAUGUGAAAGCUCACUCGGGCACGUUUCCCUUUACUUGUCAGAUGUGUGGAUAUGGUGCAGCAAGAGAGGAGUACCUGAAAAAACACACCGCAGCUGUUCACAAAGAGGAGACUGAGAGAAGGCAUCCCUGGAAGGCUGUAGAUGAUAGCAGCACUCCAGCAAAUUCGUCUGCAAGCUUAAAACUUAUAAGAAAGAAUAGUGAAUCACAGGAGACUCAGAGGAUAUCAAAACUGAACUGUCUCUCUGGGAGUUUACCGAACCAGAAUGGCAGGCUAAGCAAGCCAGAGUUAGGCCUGUCUUUAGAGGGCACCCACUACUUUGUGGAUGGGAAUGUAGUAAGUAAGGACAACAAAAAUUGGAGCAAAUGCACUAAUAACGCAGAACAAUCAACACCAGUGAUGUUACAGGAAUGCGACAACUCUGCAAGCUCUGAUACUGCAAGUCACAGCAACCCUAAUGGACUGACUGUUCUGAUGGUAAAGAACAAAAUUUCUCUCCCCCCUAACUGUACAACCAAAGUGAUGGGAUUCAAAAUGGUCGAUGGUAAAAAGCACUUAGUUCUCAAAGUAAUACCAACAGCAAAGCAAGACUCAUGCACUCAGAAGCAUUCCUCAGUAGAAGAAGUGGACUCCUCAAAAAUAAAUUCUGUGUUGGAUAAAAGUAACAUCUUUAUUGAGAAUGGGGAAUGCUCUCACAGCAAGAGCCCAACAGCACAUUGCUUUGCCACUUUGCCAAGAGAUGGAUCUUGCACACAGAUGGAUCAAGAAGAAAUUAUGGCAGUAAAAGUAAAGAUUGAGGAGGAAGAAACCUCUGUGCACAACUUUGAUCCCACCCCACAUAGAAAUGAUGCAGGUGACCAAACUUAUUCUUUACUAAAUAGAUCUUCAGCUUGUGCAGAUAGGUCAAGUCCCACGACAAACAAGUUUGAUCUUGUGUGUGACCAAAGUCAACCAAGUCAAAAAACCUGCUCAGAGAAAAGUGCAUUUGAUAACUCAGUCUCUGCAAUAUUUACCUUGGAUUCGACCAGCUAUUGUGAUUCUCAAGCCAGUGUUACUUCAACAGUAUGUUCUGGUAACCUAACCGGUUUAUCUAAAGUUUCAAAAGUUGUUCAGGAAACAGUGGUUUCCAGACUAGUCUCCAAAAUAUCUACUGAGAACCAUGGGGCCGUAGAUGAGUUUUCAUUGACUGAUACAGUAGCAGAUACAAUCACUCACGAACACAAAGGGAGCGCUUGUUUUAACAAUAUAGAAAAUGAUGAACAGUCUUCUCAGAAUACUGCAGAAAAUACUGAUCGAGUUAGAACAGAGACUGAACAUAAAAAUGGCAGUCAAAAUUUUAAAAACAUUUCAACAGAUCCUGUACUGGCAUCAGAGUCAUCCACACUCAAUUCAGGUAGUGACAGAGAAAGUGUCGUGGACUUUGAAAACUGCACACACAGUUCACCAAACCAAGAAGUAUUUUCCUUUCACAACUAUUCAAAGGAAAUGUUCUCUACUUCACCUAACACUACCCAAAGCUUUUGCAGUAUGUCCAGACACUUAGCAGAUGAAACUGCUUGUGAAUCAUCACAGUUUAGCCUGUCACUGGCAGAAUCUCCACAGUCGUUUAUGGAAAGUAGCAAUGGAGAAGACUCAAUUCAAGAAGAGAGUCGCGAACACAAGAAAAUGUCAGAUAGUGACGUUGAACUUGAUAAAUGUACAUCUAAUGUUGAUGAUCCUCUCACUGAAAAUGAAAAUGCUGAGUCAGUGCUUCAAGACUUUAAUAUUAUAAAAAUUGAGGAGGAGAACAUUCCUAUACCUAAAAAACAGUCAGAAACAAAGAAUAGUUCAACUUCUUUGGGCAGUUUUUUGGAAGAACAUUCAGAUGUAAUAAUUAACCAACAACUCAGUAAGGAAAGAGGACGAUCUUUGAGUGCAAGCAAUGAUUCUUCUUCAAAACAAGCAAAAACAAUACGAAUUCUUCAGUUGCCAGAGGGUAAGCAGCCACUACUCCUGAGGACUACUGAGAAUCGAUUUGCCAUGCCAGUGCAGGUCAAGGCCACACCAGGUUUCAAACUGAUAACUAAUUCAUCAAAUCCUCAGAUCAAUGUAUCCUACAUGAAGCCAUCAAAUAACCCUACUAAUGUAACCCUUGCUCCAAACAGCAGGAGGUUAGGUGCAUCAGUACCAGUGGCGGGGGCUUCUGAAAAAGGGACAGGUUUUCUCUCUGCUGUUCAACCAGGUGUUAGUACCUCUAAUCACUACCUUAUCAACAGCCCAGUUUUUAAGGGACCUGUACUGCUUUCAAGCACACCACAUAGUACAGCUUCGGAAAAAAUCGCAAAGACACAGCCUACCUGCUACUUGGUACAGAGGUCUGUUCCAUUUGUUCAGACCCCAAUUAAUCCUGGCCUCAAACUGGCAAGUACACAGUUCCCCCCGAACUCACGACCAGUUAUUGCCAUGCCAAUGAGCUCUACAGACAAACCCAGCACUCUGCAACCUGGCCGCCAGGCAUUCUUGCUCCGGUACAUUUCUCCAUCCAAAUCAGGCCUACUUCUGAACAACCAAGACACAAAGACUGGCGCUCAUUGUGGCCAAGCCAGUGAAAGUACUGGAAACAAAGUCAUAUUUAAAAUUGUUGCUCCUACCGGUAGCCUUCUUACAAGUGGUGCACCCACAUCAAGUAGUCAGCCUUUGUUUUUGGCCACCAGACCUCAAACCCAGUGUUUUCUAGUGUCACCAAACAAAAGUAAUGGAAAUGCCUCCAAUGGAGUCAAGAAAUUGAUCACCACACAAAAUAUGGCACAGAAAGAUGUGAGAGAUUCUUGCAUUUUGCCCUCUCACAUGAAUGUAAAGUUACAACUGGGUGAAGCAGAAAGACCAAUUCUAGCCCCAAGGCCAAUUCGGCCCCCAAGCCAAAGGAAAAGGCGCAGGAAACCAGUAUUUGAUGAGCUUCCAGCAACAAUGCAUAAAACUAGAAGACUUGCAAAUAAAGUUCUGCCUGAGAAAGAGACUUCUGUGUUAUGGAGGCCUGUAGCCAAAGAAGUUGAAAGGACACUGAGACUUGCCCCAUUCAGUUGUGAACAGCUGAUCAGAUGUCCUCAUAGAUACCAACCUGUAGUGGUGCUCAAUCAUCCAGAUGCUGACAUUCCAGAAGUGGCUAAUAUCAUGAGGGUUGUUAACAGGUACAAAGGUGCUGUUACUAAGGUCUCUCUGUCUCAGAAAACAAUCCAGGCACUCUCUGAGCUUGAUGCACUAGCAAAGAAUUCCUCAGCCAAAGCUGUGUCGUCUCAGAGGAACGAUCCUAGACCUCGGCCAAUUGAGAGUUCUGUCAGAGAGCGAUUCCUUUUGAAACUGAAAUUAAGGAAAAAGAGCAAAAAAAAGUAUGAGGUCGUGGAAGCUUUAUCGGGUUGUAGACAAGCAUCUGUGGUGUUUGACUGUUGGUUUUGUGGUCGGCUUUUCAACAGCCAAGAAGACUGGAUUGGCCAUGGCCAGCGGCACCUCAUGGAGGCAACCAGAGACUGGAAUAAACUGUUCUAAAAGUCAGUCACCUUUCAAUAGCUUGAUAUUCUGCCCUUUUGAGGUGGAACAGAUUGAAGUUGUAUAUUUUUAAUGACCUUCCACUAUAUGCUUAUUAAGUCUUUGUUCAUGUAAGUACAUUUUCUUAAGAAGUUUUUCUUUUCAUAGGUGCUAGCAUGAUUUGCAUCAUGUAUGCACAGGUCAAACUGAACUGUGAAAAUGGUACACUGUAAUUAGGAGUUUUGGUAAAAGCACUGGCAUAAAAAAAUGGGACAAUAUCAGCAAAGGUUGUAUGCAGACUUGGACAAAAUUACUCAGGUGAUUUCAUAUUAAACUAGUAUGCCAUUUUUGCUUAUACAUUUAAUAAACUAAGGCCUUGUAUAAGGGACUUUAGUAUAUUUUACUAUCCUGCAUAUCAGGACAAGAAAUAGUAUUUGUAUAGCUUAUGUCUAAAACUUGUAGACAAAUUCAGUUUGCAAUUGUGAUGAAAACACAUGGUCUGGUCCAAAAUAUUCCUUUUUUAUGUGGUGUUUUAAUUAAAUGGGGUAUCAUUUUAUACUACUCUGUUAUCAACCUGCAGCAUGCAUUUGUUGUAAUUAGAGCUUGAGGUUCUUCAUGAUAAUCGCUUUAUGCCCAGUUCAGGCUACAUGAUGUUUUUUUUGCCUGAUACGAUGGUCACUAUCCGUGGGUUUUCUUCGGGUACUCCGGCUUCCUCCCACAGACCAAAGACAUGUAGCUUAGGUUGAUUGGUGGUUUUAAAUUAGCUGUAGGACUGAGUGUAAGCAUGUGUGGUGGUUUGUCUACAUGUUAUCCCUGUAGACUGGUGACCUGUCCAGUGUUAGCCGGGAUUGGCUCCAGCCCCCCGUGACCCUAUUCAGCAAUAAGCAGUAUAGACACUGGAUGGAUGGACUUUGUGUCCGAAUGCCAUGAAGUUUCCCAGAUGCAGUACUGGUUGUCAUUUAUCAUGACACACUAUACGAGAUGAAACGAUCGAUUGUCAUCGUCAUUGUUGUCGGGCUUAAAUCAUGUAGUCUGAACCGGGCAUUAGUCUGCAAAGUGUUGCAGUGACAAAUGAUUUUAUAAAAUGCUAUAUUAAGCAGGGAUGCUUCUCUGAUUAUUGUUGAUACUUGAGGAGAACAGAUCAGCUCAUAAUACACCCUAUGCAGUAUAUUCAAAGUAAAUGUCAGCAGCUCUGACUGUUUGCUUGUACUCAUGUUGUGGAUCAUGUGACUCCACAUUUGGGUUGUGAAUUUAAUGAUGAGCUUAAAGUUCCCAUAAAUUUGCUUAAAAUUGUUUUGUAGAUUAUAAUGUGUCGUGAAAGAUGCUGGUACAAGAUCUUAACAUCAAGAAAGGCUUAAUAUGAAAGUGUCAGAGAUUCUUACCUUUAAAUUGUUCUUGGUUCAAUAAAAUGUUUAUUAAAAACUUUGAGUUGAUUUUUUAAUAGUUGGUUCAUUGUUUUUCAUACUUUGUAGACAUUUUAGGUGUAGUAGGGAGCCCUGAAUGUGACCCAUUUAUUUCACUUUUUAUUGCCUUGUUGUACUGUAAACCUGUUCACUGGCAUCAAGUUCAAGAAUGCUGUACAUACUGUACAUUUAUUUUAAUGUUGCAUUUAAAAUAGUUUUUAAAAAUGCAACAGGACAUGGAUUUUAUUUUCUUCGGGAAUUGUAAUGAUUGUAUUGCAUGAUGUUGAACCAUGGAAAUGAAUGUUUUAUUCCAUUCAAUAUGCAAAGGUUUCUUAACAAUGCAAGCCAUGUUUUUUUUUUCUUUUCAAAAAGGUUGUAAAUGGCUGGCCUCCAGGUUUUGACCUCAACAGGAUUCAUUUUCCACCAACAUUUGCGAAAUGUUUAAAUCAGCUGCUCCAGUCAGCAUCAGGGCUUUUUAUUCAGUUUGGUUAAUUAUCUGAUAUCAUUUCCUAUGGAACACACUGUAUAUAAAUGUAGCAGUAGUAGCCCCCCUUCACUGAUAUUUGUGAGUUACUAAUGAAACCAAAAGUGGUGACCUGUCCAGAGUGUGUCCCACCUCUCGCCCAAUGACCCUCUGAAUAAGUGGUAUACUGUAGAUAAUGGAUGGUUAAUGAAAUAAAACAUUAACUUUCAUUUAGCUCGGUGUGCUUUGACAUGGUCUUCUUUAAAAGGAACUGUUCAAUGUAGAACAUGGAAACAAACACUGAAGAAGGCUGUCAUUUAAGUCUGUGUUGUGUACAGAGCUGGAGUCAGGACAUGGUUAGCCUAGCUUACAUUAAAGACUGAAGGCAGGAUAUUAGGGCUCUGUCCAAAGUACACCCACCGACACCUGUAAAGCUCCCUAAACUUGCUGUAUCUGCUUCAUUCAUUCACAUGCAAACAGGACUGUAAAAGCUGAGCUGAAGUAUUGUGAGGAUGGCCAUGCACCAUAUAUUAUAACUCUUCCUUAAAACAAACAAACCUAGCUAGCUCCAAAAAGCUAACUCCCCUGACAACACUGAAGCCCUUUUUUAAAGAAAAACUGUGUUGUUCUGUUAACUUUAGUAAUAACACCAAACCAAUGAGAACCUUUAUCAAAUUUGUCAUUUACAAUUCAGGUUAAAUUUACAAGUGAAGCUAGUGGUUUUGGUUUUAUGGGCAUAUUUAUGGCAUGAUAUUUAGUCUGCAAAACAUUUAAAAUAAGAGUUCACAGCUUGUAAAAUGUAUACUUAUUUGUUUUAAACAUGUAAGUUGUGUCCCAACCUGAAAUAUUAAUGUGGUUAAUAUUUCCUUUUUUAAAAUCAAGGGCUACAUUCUAAAAUGCUGCUUGCUUAAGGUGAUUUAAAAGUACAUAGGAUAAAGGAUUUAAUUUUGUCAUUGAACUUUUAUAUUCAGAGAUCUUCAUUUUUGACAUAAUGACAAUAUGUUGACCAUAUUUCUUUUGUCAUAUGGUCUAACAAGUUAAAUACAAGGCAGGUGAAAUUGAGCGUGUAGUACAUCCUUAAUGUAGUCAUUAUACACUGCUCUAGUCAGCCUACCUACUCUUGGAUGGCGUAAUUCCCAAACCCCCAUAUUAACGGCUUGAAUUGAUCAUAGCUAAAUGGAUGCAAACACCAAAUGAAUUCCAAGUUUCUUUUUGAGAGGUUUAUCUUUGUUUCUGGUCCAUGUGGUUUCAUUUAAAUUGUAGACCUUCAUAUCUUUGCUGAAUCUUUCCUCAUGCUAAGUGCCUCAAAUGUCCUUUGGCAGGUUGACACUUUGUGUACUGUAAUCUUUUGUUCAACUUAGUUAAUUUUUCUUUAAUAAAUGUAUGUAUUCAG